AUGUUCGCGAGUCUAUGGCGACGGACGUCACUGACUGGAUCGAGAGGCUUCUCUACGGCCGCACUGAAGCAGCCAGCGAGUGUGGCCACGUCAAUGAAUCAUCACCGUGUCUAUUAUGAUCGAAUCGCGCGCAAGUUCCCGACCAAGAAGAAGCUGUCGGUCAUUCAGUCGAUCGACCGUGCGACGCAGUACCUGGAGGGGAGGGGACUGAGUCGGACACAGGCGCUGCGGGCUAUUUCGCAGCAUGUGAUGUUGAUGAACUACUCGGAGGAAUUAAUGGAGAGCAAGAUUCCGUGGUUCGAAGGCAUCGGUCUCAGUCAUGACAAGAUCAAUGCUAUUAUCAUGCGCCAUCCGAACAUCUUGGGGAUUUCGAUCGAGAAGUACGAAGCUCUGAUUAGGUGGUACCUUUCUCAUGGAGUAGCUCAAGACAAGAUUGCCUAUUUGUUCAACAUAUUCCCUCAAGGCGUGUCGUACAAUAUCCAAGACAAUUUGGAUCCAAAAGUAGAGCUUUUGAGAGAAAUCGGGUGCUCGGAUCAGCAGGUCACGCGCGCUCUGACGAGGUCGCCGCAGAUCUUUACCCUCAGCGUCGAACGACUGCGUGGCAAAGCAGAUUAUCUGGUAGAGCUGGGUGUACCACGAGAACGAUUGCCACACAUCGUUUCUUCGGUACCUGAGUGCCUCGCACUAACUUUGUCCCGGCUCAAAGAAACGGUGGAUGCGAUUGACGAAAUGUUCGGUGCUGGUGCUGGUCUGCGGGCUCUGCUGUGCAACUGUCGUAUCGUUAUGAGCAACAUCAAUGCCAUGCGCGAGUCAUUCGACUUCUUCAUUUCGAUAGGCUUUACCAAAGAACGACUGGAGAAGAACACGAGGUUUAUUAUGCGCAGCGUCAAUCGCUGUCUCCGUCCACGCGUUCAGUUUCUAAAGAGGAAGAGUGUGGAUGUCGUGAGCGACAUCACGUGGAUCUUGAUGCCGGAAGCUCUUUUCAUUCAAAAGUAUCCUGACUAUGCAGCCUUCGAGAUGGCGUUGAAUACGGAUCUCAAGGAAAAGUAA